UGCUUGUUUUGAAACGAUGAGAACAUAUAUAGACCCGAUUACCCGAUCCAUUUACCCAAGAGCCUGGCAAAGAAACAAACCCUGACAAUGUCGUCGUCUUCGUGAUUCAUUCAGUCUCUUGCACGACAAGGGCUGUCAAUGGCAAUGCUAUUAACCGGCGUGAAUUCGUCCUUAAAACCGAGAAUAACUUUACCUUCUCAAGUAAUUGCCCUUAAACCUCUUACGAAAACCUCAGUCUUUACUGAACCCAAAGCCUCUUCUUCCCUGUUAUGCUCUGCUUCUGCUCUCAAAUUCGUUCACUGUCGGUCAACAACAGUCUCCGUAGGAGCCAAACUGAAAAUCUCAGCUUCAUCCUCCGCUGAUCCGAAGGUCGCCGCCGAUCAACUGCCCGCUCCUGAUUCUUCCGCCGAUAAUGUGUAUACUAAAAAGAAGCUCAGAGUAGUUGUGAAGCCACUGGAGAAGCCUAGGCUUGUGUUGAAGUUCAUUUGGAUGGAAAAGGACAUUGGUAUCGCUUUGGACCAAACUGUACCAGGCUAUGGCACAAUACCCUUGAGUCCUUACUUCUUUUGGCCUAGGAAGGAUGCUUGGGAAGAGCUCAAGGUUUUGCUUGAGAGCAAGCGCUGGAUAUCACAGAUGCAGAGGGUUCACCUUCUCAAUCAGGCUACAGAUGUCAUCAAUUUGUGGCAUGCAAGUGCUGGCAAUUUGCCUUAAACCUUUUUAUAUGAAAGCUUUAAAUUUUUCUAGGCCUCUUUUUUGUUUGUGUGUUCUUAGAAAAAAUUAACGAUUUUUUUUAUUUUUUAUUAUAGGCUUCUGAAUCAUGAAAUGAUGGGGUUGUUUUGUUGUACUGCAAUUUUGUAUUAGAGUUCUUUGUGUUGUUUGUAUGGCCUCUUGCUGAAUCAGAAAUGGAAUAUGGUUUUAGACUGUAGAGCAUGUA